AUGUCGUUCGGCGGGUUUGGCAGCACCAGCGCACCCGCGAGCGGCGGCUUCGGGGCCUUCGGCUCUGGCGGCACUAGCGGCGGAUUCGGUAGCUCCGCAGCCGCUUCUCCGUUCGGAGGCGGCACGACGACCGGUGGAUUUGGCUCCGGUACAUCGACGUUCGGAGCUGGAGCGGCCAAGCCGGCCUUUGGAGGCUUUGGAGCCGCAGCACCGGCUACAGGAGGCGGCUUUGGCACGCAGCAGACGACCACGACGGGCUUCGGUGGCUUUGGAUCCACAGCGGCCCCUUCCACGGGCUUUGGCGCAGCGGCCAACCCCGCGACAACCUCGGGGUUUAGAAGUACGUCGACAUUUGGCGGAGGUGCGACCACUGGCGGCUUCGGAUCUUCUGGCACGUCAGCGUUCGGAGCCAGCACUCCGUUCGGUGCCAAGCCGGCUGCUAGCCCCAGUCCGUUUGGAUCCACGAGCGCGUUCGGCGGCGGCACAGGUACAUUCGGUGCGCCAGCUACUAGUAGCGCAUUUGGAGCUGCCCCCGGUGCCACGUCAGCUUUUGGAGCGCCCGCCACUGGCGGUGGUUUUGGUUCAACGACUGGGGGCUUUGGUAGCAGCUUUGGUGCGACACCUGCAGCACAGCCACAGAUUGGCGGUUUUGGCGGAUUUGGUACCACAGCCUCGUCGGGCUUUGGUGCCUCCGCAUUCGGCAAACCGGCAGCAUCUGCGGGUUUUGGAGGCUUCGGAGCUACACAGACCCCUGCAGCUGCUCCAGCUACGGGCGGGUUCGGUUUUGGAGCUGCGCAGCCGCAAGCUGGCGCGACGACCUCGCUUUUCGGUGGAGCUACUACUUCAGCACCAGCUUCAACAGGUUUCUCGUUUGGCGCAACUGCCCCGAAGCCCGCAGCAACCGGAGGCUUCGGCUUCGGUUCCACUGGCGGUACUAGCGCGUUCGGAAGUUCAGCAGGCAGUGCGUUUGGAGCUCCUGCUGCGCCCAGUGCGUUUGGAACCACCCCCGCACAACCUGCAACAGGUACUACUUCUCUUUUCGGGUCUACUGCUGGAUCUACUGGCUCAACUGGCGGUUUUGGCUUCGGAAGCACGCCGUCUGCAACACCUGGUGCGACGACCAGCUUGUUUGGAGCUAAGCCUGCAUCGACCGGCCUCUUCGGAUCGACGACGGGAAGUUCUACCACAGGAGGACUUUUCGGUAAUACCGCGGGUACUGGAGGUUCGUCUCUAUUUGGAGGAGCGAACACGGCCACAAACACUGGAACGACCGGAUUUGGAUUCGGUGGUGGCGGUGGUUUUGGAAGCACUACCACUGGCGGCUUUGGUGGAUUCGGAAGUACUGCGACCCCGGCUGCUCAACCCGGAGGCUUUGGAACCACAGGUAGUUUGUUCGGGCAGCCACAGCAACCAGUGCAGGCAGCAGCAGCGCAGCCUCAGAACUUGGUGGCAGCCCCUGAUGUCAACCCGUACGGCGCUGGAUCAUUCGGUGCUGGGCUCGUUGAGCAGAAUGUGAAGGCGGCGCUGGAUCUUCAGUCGAUCAAGACGGGCUCUAGCUCAUCUUCUCGUCUGACUACCUUCGCGGACGAUGUCGGCCUUCCGAGAGGUCCGUUGGAUCCUCCUCUAGUAACUCGACGCCAAACUGUUAGCAACCGCCACGCGAUCCCGGUUUCAUUUAUCCGUGGCUCGUUCAAGGGUUCCAAGAGCAGAUUCUCAACGUUUACCUCCCGAGCACUUCCUUCUGCUCUAUCCAGCGGCACCCGAUCUGGAUCAGUGUCUAAUGGUGACAAGGGCGCCAAGGAGGAUGAAUUUAAGUUUACGUCAUCUCUGUUCCGCAACUCGGUGACCAAGAAGCUGGUGAUCAACAAGAACGAGCAAACUUCUGCCCGAGGCAACGGAUCGAGUUCACGUGUGUCGGUUGUGCCGAUCAUUGACAGUGACCGUGGCGAUGUUCACGAAAUUGGAAGUGGUCGCGCUCGAUUGUUGAAACCUGGUGACGAUGGUAAAUACAGUGUCAGCUUCUGUAACCAGAUCAACAAGAAGUCGUUCUCGCUGCGUCUGUACCCGAACCAAACUGUUAAACAAGCAAGGGCAGAAGUGAAGCAGUUGCUGCGUGAGAGCAGUACGUCGACGGCGGCGUCGUCAAUCGUCGACAUUGAACUGGUUUUGAAGGGAAGAAUUGUGCACGACACAAGUGCCAUUGAAGAGCUGCAGUUGAAGGAAGGGGACUCCAUCGAUGUCGUUGUGAUCGAAGACCGUACAGAGGACAAAAACCGUGAAAACCAGCGUGCCUCGAUUUCUUCGCUAUCCAAGAAACCUGACGCUCAGCUUACUGACGAUGCGGUCUCACCUAAACGCUUCAUGACGUAUGACGAGUACUUGGCCUCAGCGAGUCGGGACGAAGAUGAUCUGUUCAAGGACACUGAAGCAAACCGUGCUAGCCGUGCUACCCCUGUGUCGUCUUCGUGCCCUAUCUUGAAGAACAAAGAUUACUACACCAUCCCGUCCUACGAGCAUCUGCAGGCUAUGACUGACCACGAGUUGUCCCAAGUGGAGAAGUUUACUGUUGGUUGCCGCGGUUUGGGUGCCGUCGAGUGGAUCGGCAAGACGGAUGUGCGCGAUCUCGACCUUGACGAUCUGAUUUACUUCGAGAAGAAGGAAGUAAUCGUAUACAGAGAUGAUGAGAAGAAACAUCCUCUAGGCAAGGGUCUCAACAAGCCCGCUGUUGUUGAGUUACUGGGCAUCUUCCCCCCGCCGCGCAAGUCGACGUCCCCCGAGAAAUAUAAGGAGCGUGUCAAGCAGCGUACUCAAGAUAUCGGUGCUACUUUCCUCGAUUAUUCCAUCGAGAAGGGCAUUUGGCGGUUCCGUGUUGAACACUUCAGUCGCUAUGGCUUCGAUGACGAUGACGACGACGACGAUGUCGACAUGGAUGACCACGACAGUGCUGGAGACGCGAGCAACAAGAGUCUGCUGAGCACCGACCAGGUGGCACAAAAGCCUGAAAUGAAACGUGGACCUGUGGUUAGUCGAGGAAAGAUGGCCUUUUCAGCCGACCGCAGUGCACUCUUUCGCCAGUCCGGUAUCUAUGCAGGCGAGGUGAACAACAAAAGUGCAGUUGCUUCAUUUGGAGAAUACCAGGCUCUCUCUAUUGUCAGCGACAAGUGGGUUGGAACAUCUGAUGACUCGGAGAGCGUUGGACCUGAGGCAGAGCCUAAGAUGGAUUUUUGUGCCGAGGAAGAGGUGGUGGCAACGAAGAAAGACCAGCGCCCUACCAGUGAGGUGUUUCCAGUGAUUUCGUACACUUUGAAGCCCCUCGGUGUGAACAGUUCUGAUCAUCUGCAGUCCGGAGAUAAAUCGACAACAUACCAAAUGAUGUUGCAAGCGUCGAACCAGGGACAAGCAAAAGUCGUGCGCAACCAUGUCGACGGCGGCAUGUUCAUGGCUCGCUCGUUUCGCUGCUCGUGGGGCCCAAACGGCGAACUGGUAAACUUGGGAAAGCUCACUUCGCGCUCGGAGAAGGACUCAGAUGUGAAGACCAAGGGUCGUUGCGUUUCUAUCGAGUUCCCCCUUCGUCUCUCUGAAACACGCAAGACGGAUCUCCACGAUGGGCUUAAGCUGCACUACGAGUACACUUCGCAGGGACGGAACCUUAACGAUUUUAUUGACCGAGAUGGAUCCGAGGUUCCCGCUCAGUAUGCACUUCCCGUUCACGAUUUGCUGAUGAGCUGCAUGCACAAGUAUGUCGCCCACGCUGAAGCCCGAGCUCAAAAGACACCGAGCGAUAAGCGCACUUUGCUUCUUUGGAAGCUGAUUCGGGCUUUGUGGGGCCAAGAACAUGGCGUCAAAAUGGGUGGCCGAUCGGAUUCUACGUUCUACCCUCUCGCGUCGCGUGACGACCCCAAUGAAGUGGAAACUCUGGACACUUUUCAGACGAUUGAUCUCCGUCGCGAGGCCAUCUCGCAGUGGUUCGAGACUGCGUUGAAAGAUACUGAAAAUGUCGCUAUUUUUAACGGCAACCCCAGUCCGGAAGGCGUGUUGCGUCUUCUGUGUCAACACCGAAUUGCGGAAGCGUCUGAAAUGGCAAUUGAGUGUGGAGACUUUCGCCUGGCAACACUGAUCGCACAGGCAGCUUCGUACGAAGGCAAUGAUUUUCGCAGUGUGUUGGAGACACAAAUGGCCCAAUGGAGCGAAAACGGAUCGCUGGAAUUCAUGGACAAGACUCUGGUUCUCAUCUACAGCGUCUUGGCUGGUAGUGUCGAGGUGUUGACAGCUCAGAAAGGUGCGAGCAUGUCGUGGAUCGCGUGCCUCGCACUGUUCUUGUGGUACAAGCGUGGUUCUGCAACGUCGCUAAAGUCCGCCAUGACGAUGUACGAGGACGCAGUCAGAAAGCAGCAGGCUUCAGGCUCGCUGUCAAAGUUUGCAGCUGCUGACACGGACAAAGACGACGUUUUGAUGGAGCUGAUGAAGCUUUACAUCGAAGAUGUUGCCUCGCUCUGCAAAGUGUUGUCGCCCAGCGGCUUCAUGAGCCAAGGCACACACCAUCUGGACUAUGAGCUGUCGUGGCACCUGCAGAGUGUUCUACGUGCUAUUGGCUACAAGCUUGAUCGCGAGUGGGAAUCACACAUCCAUCAGAAUUUCAUCCGACAACUAGAAGGCGCGGAUCUGUGGGAAGACGCAGUUUAUGUUGCGCUCAACAUUGCAGACGUUGUCGAGCGGGAGAACACCUGCCGUGAACUGCUUUUUCGCAACGCUGAUGCCUUGGCGUCGGACGUGUCCAUGCGAGAACAGCUUUGUGAACGCUUCAGCCUCCCCUCGGAAUGGAUUAGUGAAGCGCUGGCUGUGCGGGCAGUUGCAAAGCAGCAGCGUCACGAGGAAAUUGCGCACUGGAUGGCUGCCCGCCACUACGAAGAAGCUCAUGCGUGUCUGAUUUCGCACGUGGCGAUGCGCUGUCUUUUUGCUAACGAAAAGGACGCCCUGAUGCAGUUGCUGUUGGAACUGGAGCCUAUGGCGGUGUACAUUCCACAGUGGAAGAGCUGUGAAAAGGUGGAUACCAUAGGAGGUGGUCUGCUGCUCGAGUAUCUUCGUCUUGAACAGCAAAAGGGAUUGGAAGCUGGCCACGAGGAUCAGUUUCUUCAGCGCGUGAUGUUACUAUCGCAGCAGCUCUCUAGUGCCCGGGACGCCUCGGCUAAAGAUCCAGACAAGAAGCGAGAAACGAAUGCGCUGUUGUCGCAAACGUGCGUCUCGUCGAUGAUCGUGUCCUUGGCCACACAGGCGGUGCAACUGCGGUCCCUCCUGUCGUACACGCAGGAGCGCGAGUCGACGGAUGAGACAUCUUCGAUCUCGACGCCUCUGGAACUGGAACCAGAAUUUCUUAGCGGAAUCUCGCAUCUAGUCACAGGACGUGAGACUAGCUUCGUGGAGUCAUACCGGACGAGUCAGCUGAUGCAUCUUUGCUCGACUUUCAUCGACUGGCGAGCUUAGUGUGUGCGCUGCAAUCAAGAAGAACGGCGAAACCAAGUUGAAGGCAUAAUCGAAGUUGCACACGAAACGAACACGCCAAACGCUAUUACUUUUCUUGGUGGAUACCUUUCGUGCUAUUUGGUGUUGCUUAGCACUUCAAACCUAACUAAGCUACUGCUACUAACUAACCAUGCAUGCCUUUGUUCUCAUCUACACUAGAAGUGCUCCACGCGGAAACUCCACACGCCCCCAUUGUCGUAUCCAAGGAAGCGUAGAUGCCAUGAAGUUCCACGAUCGCUGGCUUGUUGAGUUCGCUGCCAAUAGCUGGCUUGACAUUGUCAUCUGGGUAAACUACAAUUUCUCCCAUGGAAAACGCCACGAGUUCAUCGAGCUGGAGUCCACGAACGUCCACAGCAUCGAUAAAGGUGAUUUUUCCACAGUCCCUGCGGCCGAUCACGAAGUUUCCCACACAGCAUAACUCUUUAUCGGUGAGUUGCUGGAGCUCACUUACCGACGGCUCGGUGAAGUACUCCUUAUUGAGGAGCACGGGACAAGCAGACGACGGGGAUUUGCAUAUGUCUUCGUCGUCAGGGCCAGCGGAUGGCUUGGUAACCUCAGUUGGAGCAUUCGAAACAUCGUCAUCUGACUCCGAUUUUGUGGUGUUUUCCGCCGUCGCAUUAGUCAUCAGCAUUGGACUCGGCUUAACACGAAUCCGCAGAGGGUUCUUUGAAAUGGCGAGGCGGGAGAACGAACUAGAAAAACGGAAGACAUCAGCGUGCUGUAGUUUUUCUCCAGUACUGGACGGAUGCACCCUGCGACCCAGAAAUCGUGGCUGCACCGACCGCAUAGGUAGCGAUUGCAGAGGUUGCCUAGCCAAGCCGAGUCGAGCGGCGAACUUUGCCGACGGUUGCUGAUGAGGCUUCGAGCAGCUCAAUGUAUCAAAUACCUUGAGUUCGACAGACGAUGGAGGAUUAGCGAUCGCUGUCUUGAUCUUCUGCUCAACAAGCCCUGCACCGAAGGACCCUGAACCGUACGGAUCUGUAUCGGGGGACGCAAUCAAGGCGUCAGGUGCAGAGGACUUAUCGGAUGGGGAGGAAGAAUCAUCCAAAGAGCUGCUUUUCGCUUCGCUGGGAACAAAGCUCGGCAUCUUGAAUGAAGUCUCGACGUUCGUCUGAAUAGCCUCAUUUUCCUUCCUCCAUCCAGUCCAGUCGAAGCUAGCGACUGACACAGACUGAACCAAGGGCGGCUGUUGUUGUUGGACCGCGUUGAAAACUGGACGUAGCCCGCGUUUAAACUUGGUUGAUGCUGCUGGACCAGACACUGAAGACGGCUUCAUGGACGCGUCUGGAACGGGUUCUACUCUCACGUUAGAGGACCCUCUCACAGCAAAGGGGUUCACCGACUCGUUCGCGGCCCCAUUCGUUGCAAAGGGAUUCACCGUCGUGUUUACAAACAUAUUGGUGACAAAGGGAUUCACCGAUUCGUUUGCAGAUACCUUCGUUGCAAGAGGAUUUCCCGUCCAACGUUGGGAUGUAAAUGUGAACGGAUUGGAUGUCGAGGCACUUUUUGGUGCGAACGAAUUGCUGUAAGAGAUCCCGACCUGCUUCGUCGACACCGCGAACGUGUUCGAUGGUGGUGCUAGGGGCGGCUUCGCGGUACUGCUACCCAAACCAAACACCGUUCGAGCUCCCCCAAUGCCAGAAUCCUCGCUACUGGCUUCCAAGGGGCUGCUUGCGUUUCCAAACACGGGUUUAGUUCCGAAAUCUGGACCCACAGUGGACCCCGAGACGUUGGCUGUGUUGCCAAACAUGGGUGUUGCCUUGCUCUGACCCACAGCUCCGCCAAAACCAGUGCUAACAGCGCUUACAGUGCCAAACGCCAUGCCAGACUUGGUAGUGGGGACGGCACAUCCAAACAAAAACCCUCCGUUAUUCACUGUCGCUUCGUUUCGUGGGUCACUCGGACCAAACAGCGACGUCGCAUCAUUUGAACUGGAGUGGAACCCGGGCGGGAUCUGAAACAGUGGGCGGCUUGGUGGCUUGGGCGGCGUCCACUUGGACGUGGUUGCCACCUUGCCGUUGCGUGCGAAGCACCGUGCUGUGCUCUCGACGCGGCCAAAAGGCUCCGACGCAUUCUCAGCCCACACAGCACUGCGCACAACGUUGGAGGCAGAGAAAGCGGGAUCGAAGCGGACAGAGCUAGCAGAUGCAAAGCCAAACCCGUCGGUAACAGGAGCCCCAGACCCGGAGGUUGCUGAGGGUCUUGAGGUGAAGCCUCCGUUGGCAAUGGGCGCAGGGUUGAUAGAGGACCCAAAGAGCGACAUGAGGCUUAUAGUCUCAACAAGCGUCAAUCUUUAUUAUCUUUCUCUCCACUACUACGCGCUAUAGCUGUUCUCUCUGCCUACUCUCGAAGAAAUCUGCGACGGGUGGAGGAUGAGAGCAGGAAACGGUGAAGAGACUUGAGCUGUGGGAGGUAGAUUCCGAUAUGAGCUCCACUCGAACCGGGUCGGGUCGAUGACUAGUGUUGGCUUGUUGGGUUCAUGUACACCAGGCCCGCCCGGCCUUUACCUGAGAAAAUCAAGUGGAAAAUUCAGUGACGGGUGGGUUCACUUCAAACGGGUUUCAUCUUCUUGACCCGGUGUUGAAGUGGAUUAAUGCAGCAUGGAUGAC